UCUCUUUAUUAUUUUUUAAACCAGCUUUAAGACAACCAUAAAGGCCAAUACUCUUCACUCGUUUGCUGUUCAAUUGACCUGCAUUUGAAACACUUCAAACGUAACGUUACACCCUGUUAAGAUACGUCGAAAGGCCUAUUAAAUAGAUAACGGUUCACAUAAAUAACGUCACACGACGAAAGGGCCAAUUAACCGUCGGUGUAAGCAGCCGUUGACGUAACCAUAAGAAGCACGCGCUUUAGUUUCUUUAGGGUGAACUAGCAAUAACAACCGCGCGCAGGUCAUUGACCUCGCGUCGACUCUCUUGCCUUCAUGCGCGGGGCUGGUCGGUGUUAGCGGACCGUGAUGUGGCCACAGAUGGAGCGGGCACAGCCGCUGAGGCCAUGACAAGGUCCGCUGGCUUCUAGCGUUCGCCGUUGGUCUCCGGGAUCUUAAUAGCUGACCGCCGCUUGGUCCCGUCCACGUCGGCGUGCUGCUGGACCACCGAGGGCGGUGCGCGACCUUGGGACGUCGACAUGGAUUUGACGCGGCUGGCGGUGGAUGCCGGUCAGUUCAUCAACCGGGCCGUUCAGUACACGGAGGAGAGUCUCGGUCAUGCGGAGAAGACGGACGUGGACCCCGGGUUGGAAGAGCUCUUUGCCCGGGUAGACACAACCAAGAGAUGGACGGAUCAGAUCAUCUCCCAGACUGAGGUUUUACUCCAACCCAAUUCCGGAGUGCGGUUAGAGGACCGGCUGUAUGAGCAUCUGGAUUGGAGCGUCCCUUCUCGGCCUCGUGCACACGAGGUACUGGGAGACCAAAUGACCCAAGCUGGGCUAGAGAUGGGGUCCAACACACCCUAUGGAACUGCACUGCUGAGGUGUGGAGAUGCCCAGAAGCAGCUUGGCGAGGCAGAGAGAAAAUAUGUCCAAAGCACUAACAUCCACUUUCUCGCCCCUCUGAGGAGCUUCACUGAGGGGGAAUACGUUGCCAUGCAGGCUGAGCGCAAGAUGUUGGUGAAUAAGCGUUUGGAUUUGGACAUAGCUAAAACCAGACUGAGAAAAGCACAUGAAGCCGACCAAGAGGGCAGAAACCUGAAUGCCAACCCGCUGGAAGAGGACUACUUGUCUCACGUGUCUUACAUGUUCAGCUUCCUGCGUGUUAAAUGGCUGAAGAUGUGGGCUCAGGAAAUCUCUCAGGCAGAGGUGGAGCAGAGGAUCUGUCAGAGUCUAUUUGAUCGACAGGCAGAAAAUACGAGACGAGUUGUGGAAGGAAUCGGCAGCACUCACACCAACCACAUGCGGAGCCUGACGGAGUUUGUGGAAGGUCAGGCUUGUUACUUCGACCAGUGCAACCAACAUGCUCAAGAGCUCAAGAGGCAGCUGGCCAGCAUUCCAGCAGUCUUCUGCUCCAACAACUGGCAGUCAGCACCUAGUGCCGAAGUUAAUCAGCCCUCAACAAACAGCCAUGUAGCCAAUGAGCACGUUGGGGUAAACGGGGUCACCCCUAUUCCCAAAGUUGUCCACCAAAUUCUCGACUUUGAUCAGGACUCAUGGACUUCCAAUCCACCUGCAGCAACUGAAAAAAAAAAGAUUUGUCGGUAACCACACAACCAAAUAACAACAACAACAACAACACCUUGUCCCCUGAUGAGCAAGCUACCAGCCACUGGUCAGUGGUCAAUCAAGGACUUGAUCAUGUCCGUACGUCAAGUUUCAUUCAGGUAUCAGCCCUCAGCAGAACAGCAAGCGCACAAACCAAUGCAGCCCCUGCUGCAGGAAGCAAUGGUGCCGGUAGUCAGACAACAACAACUUCCCCACCUUCUGUCAGUGGAAAUGAGUCUCAGACAGAAAAUGCAGUAGCUGGUGACGCCAUAACAACCGAAAACAUCGCUAUUGAGACAACUACUGAAACCACGAGCGAGGUGCCUCCUGUUCACAGAAAGGAUGUCAGGGAGUCACCAUAAACAGGACAAUGAAUGACAAUGUGCUUCAGCUGAUUUAGAGCAGUAGUAAUAAUCAACUAUCUACUAACUAAAAAGAUCAGGUACACAAUGAUUAUAACAUGUUUUAGUAAAAUAGUGUGAAGUGGUCGUAAAAGUGCUUAUUUUUCUAAGUGAUCACUCAUUCUAGCCUUUAAGAAUAUUAAUGAAUUCCUCUUGUGUGAAAAUGAUAACUGAUGUGUAUCAGUCCCCUUCUGUGGCAAUAACAGUUAUGUCUCCACACAGUCUGUGCAAUGUGUGACUGUGAAAAGUAGAUUUUCCGUCUGUAAAAGUAAGGUUUUCUUUGUUAAAUGAGAGAACUAAUAAAGCUUUGUGCCAAGUGUG